GUUGUCUCCUGUAUUGAGCAUCUAUAAUCCGCAUCAGCCUCUGUAUUGAGGUACUCAUAUCUUGAAAAGAUCUCGAUUCAAAGUUAAUGCAACGACCACUCGUUCCACUGCCUCUUGUUGCCGAAAUCUGAAGCUAUUCCCUUCGACCUUAUCCGGCUUGUUCUCUCUUCUCCUUAAGACUAAACUAUAAUAGGACAUUGAUAGAGGCUGAAUUUGCCUCUCCACAGACAAGUUGCCACCAUAGACAUUGGCAGUUAUUAGACUGCACAGCAUGGACUACGGAUCUGUGCGACUCCUACAAGCGGCGCCAAAGGUCGAGACACACGAACACUCAUCAUAACAAUCCCAACACAGCAACCUCCAGAUGGCUAACAGAAACAACGCCAGUGGGCUGAAAGACUCCGCAAGUCCCGAGAAGCAAGUCCAUUUGGUUACAUCGAACGAAGCGAAACCUCCGCAAGAUUUUCUCUUUGUAGAUUCGUCCUCCGCGAACCCAAGACAGAAGUCGUAUAGAGGUAACCGGUCUGUGCGGUCUCAUGUCAUGCAGAGGGCUCGAAAAGAACGACCAUGGUCAACAAGUCGACAGACUAUAAAGCGAGGAGUUGCUCGGCUCUCGCCUGAAGCAACUAGGAGUCUUGUCGUUGUUACGAUUGACCAGACGCGCCAAAACUUAAUCCAGGAGAGGACGUUGAAAAAGGAAGAUUCGCAGCGAUCACAUGACGGCAACACAGGUGUCUACGAUGGUUCUGUGAGACAUAGGUCUUCUUUUCCUUGUUCCAUGUGUCAAAGUCCCGAUUGUAUCCCUGGCUUGAGAUUUUGCGCACGUUGCCAUGAUAGAAGUUCUGGCGUGGCGCCAAGGUCACAUUUUGACACAGCUCUUGACCCUUUCGAUACAUUGCCGGUAUCUCUGACAUCCGAAGUUAGAGGACUUUGGCAAUAUUUUUUCAAUAAUAUGUGUCCGCAGGGCAUCAUACCGAUGGAUAUCCGACAUCAGUCUAACAUUCUCAGCGCCGAGUGCUUUCCAGCAGCACUUGUAAGUCCUGUGUUUAUGCAUGGCUUGCUUUGUUCGACAGCGCUGCAUCGUUAUGUCAUGGGCAAAGGAUCAUUCGACAGCGUUAUCUAUCACAGACAGGCCACAGUGUCAGAGAUAAAUUCGAACUUGAACGACUCAGAGCUGAGUAUUUCCGACGGAACGAUAGGAGCCGUGUUUUUUCUCUUGUCAGUUGAAGAAAGCAUGCUUGGGCUCCCGAAAUUAAGGAGAAUUCGGAAUCAGAGCCCUGAUGAGCCAAAUGAGCAGGUCAUGCAUAUGAACGGGUUGCAGCGGAUGAUUGCGCUGCGGGGUGGGCUAGGGGCUUUGACAACUACGCGCUUUGUUCAGUCGAUGAUACUUUGGCAUGUUACUGCGCGCGCUAUCACUUCAUUCGAACCGCCAUACAUAUCGCCUCUGAGCAAAAAGACUGAGGCUCUAAUACCUCUCGCAAGAUCUGUCUCAAGCUCCUCCAUCAGUCUUCUGAUGAAAGAUGACCUGCAGCGACUUCGCAUAGACGAUGUUCUCAUCGACUAUGUUGAUGACAUCGCAGUCUUGAGUAUUCGUAUUAGCAGCUGGCUAUCAGGAGAGACACACGUGUUCGAUCCUCUAGAGCUUCAGAACCAAGCAUCGCUUCUGGAGUGCUCACUCCUUCAUUGGCAGAAUGCUGUGACACGAAACGCCCUCGAUACAACAAUAUGUCUUGGCCUCUUGGCUUUCGUAGUCAAGUCCUCUGAGCCCAAGCGAAGCAUGGCUCCAAUCCAAUAUAAGGCUAUCAAGAAACUACGAGAAGCUUUGACAAAAGUAUCGAUAGCCACAUGGUCAGCAGCUCCCGGUGUGUUGAUUUGGGUACUCAAUGUAGCUAUUCUUUGCACUCAAACUACCACGGAGCCAACCACAGAUCACUUCUGGUUUCUCCAAAGGGCAGCUGAAGUAUACAGGAGUUACCACAUAGACUCUGAAGAAUUGCUUUUGACGUGUUUGCACAGCUAUCCUUGGGUAGACUAUGAGAUAGACGAAGUUAUACGUCGCAAGUGGGUAUACGCAAACUCAUUGAGUUGCAGCUGAAAGGCCAAAGGAAUAGCCUCAAGCGAUCCUUAGGCAGAACUCUGCAUGUGUAAACCUAUUGGUCCAUCAAAUACCGAUGACUUCUAGUCGACUACCGCCUAUCUGUGGCUUCUCGCCCGUGAUGGAGAUCUGCAGCCAUGCUCAAUCGAGCAAGCCUUUGUUAUUGUCCGGAUCGACCUGUGAGACUC